UUCACUGGUUGUGUAAGUCUCGGUGGCCUGUUCGAAUGUGAGCUUGAGCUUGAGCUUGAUGAGGCAUGACUUGAAGAGCCCCAUUGUCGCUGCUGUGUCCGGCACAUUGGCUGUGAACAUUUUACCUUCAGGGAUGAGAUGCGGAGUUGAAACGGGCAUGGUGAGGGACCAAGCAGGAUCGGCGAGGAAUGGCUCCGCUGUGGCGGUUUCCUCGUCGUCGUCCUCACACUGGGUUGAUAAUUUGGUCGCAGGCGGAACAGCAUCUCUGUGUUCAAAGCUUGUGUUGCAGCCCCUUGACAUUGCCAAAACGAUUUUGCAGGCUUCUGCUGAAGUGAGAGGGAGUUACAGCAACUUAGCACAAUGCCUGGCCGGUAUUGUGCGAGACGGAGGCAUCCCUAAAUUGUACACAGGGUUCAUUGCAUCAGUUGCUGUUUCAGCUCCGUCAUCGGCAGUCUUUGUGGCGUGUUAUGAAUGCUCCAAGAAUGCCAUUGAGAGGGCAUCUUCUAGUUUCCCUGCCCCCUUUCAGACCUUGGAGGAUUUUGUUCCUCUCUUGGCAGCUGCGGUUGGUAACGUAGCAGCAAGUGUAGUUAGAGUGCCACCGGAAGUGAUUAAACAGCGAGUGCAGGCUGGGAUCUACAGGGAUAUAUUUCAAGCUACUCGAGCAGUGUGGGCCACCGAAGGUCUGCCAGGUUUCUACUGCGGCUAUUCCAUGCAAGUUGCCAGGGAUAUACCCUAUUCAGCGCUGCAAUUCAUGACCUUUGAAUACCUGAAGAAGCGAUACUCACAUAGAGAAAAUCUCCACAUGGAUCAAAAAAAUUCAAAACGACUUGUGCAUGAUCUCUGCAUUGGUGCAUUAGCUGGAGCGGUGGCCUGUACCUUGACUACACCAUUGGACGUUGCGAAGACUCGAGUGAUGACUCAGAAUCCAUCAGAUCCAUUGGUCUACAUGGGCUUGCAGGCUACUCUACAAAAGAUAUGGUUGGAGGAGGGUAUCGCUGGAUUCGGUAGAGGGAUGGUACCUCGCGUUCUGUACAAAGUUGGUUCCAGCAUCUGCAGUCUUCUUAGUGUGCUAUGAAGCCAUUAAGAGGUUUUUGGUCACUACCCGGAAAGUGCGUCCAAUUCGACUUGCCAGCAGGUACACACCUAAUUCUUGUUCCCUGUUGCUUGUAUUUUGACUAUUGCAGCUCAUCAUCAACAUGGCCCUUCACAUCAAAGCUUCGUAAUAAAAUACCAUCAAUAAACUAUAGAUGUUGAGUUGCCGCCUCUUGUGAUGUUGCUCUACACAUUUUGAUUGUGACACUUCGUGUUGGAUGUUGCUGUAUAAACCACUCUCUGUACCGUGAGAAGAAAAGAAUUAGGUGUGUACCGAGGUCCUCGAAGGGUUUGAGGAUGUCGUAUCAGCCGUGUGCUGGUGCCAGGGGAUAAAUCAGAGGACCUUUUCUGUAAUUGUAAUAGGGGAAGCGAGCGUGGGACAUAUGGUCACAUCUGUUAGAAUUGACCAGAUGCUUUCUUCUUGGGUCAGAAAUUCACCACUCUGGUUGCAUGGGUUGGUCUACCAUCCUUAUUCAAUCUUUCUGUCAAUUCUGAGAUCCUUCUUUAUAGAAGGAGUUUUGUUAUAUCUUCUCUGGUUGAGCGUAGCAAACAGAAACAGUAGUCAUUACAUUCUAGGUCUUCAGAUCUACCUUUGAAAGGAUGCAGUAUCCUCACGCGCUCCACCCAGAUUUUAAUGGUUAAGUUUCAUCAAUUCCUUGGAUUAACAUACUCACCAACUGAACUCGGGCUGGAGUUACAAUUCAUCACAUUCAGACCCAAAAUAGAUUUUGAACAGCAUAGAAGACUUGUAAUUGUCGAUAGAUGUUGGGAGCCCGACUUAAAACACCCGUUGUAGAGCACCAAAGAAGAUUUGUUCGAGGAAGAUUCUAAAUUGUCCAAGGUAUCCUGUGUAUUGGUUUAGCAAAUUCCAAUACUCUGAUUAGGUUAGGGUGUCAACAAAUUUUGUUCGGAUGACAGCUCUAGUAUCGACAAGCAUAUUAUUCGUGCCAUUUUUGAUAGGCCUAAUACCCCAGAUGUUAAAUAUUGUAAACUAGAUCAACUUCAAUUCUGUUUCUUUUUCAUUUUAGGUAUUAGCAAGGGUCAGAUCCAUGUCAGACACGAGCCUUGCAAUGUAAGAAUGAUAGUUCUAAUUAAAGCACUCCUCAGAUAUUAAGUCUCAUGUGGUCAAGAAGAAGGUAUUUUUAGAUGUGAAUAUGUGUAAUAGUUGUUCAUCUUAAUCAAAAAAUUGGGUAGGUCCAAAUGUUUUUGGCA